AACUUUUGUCAGAGAUUAACAACAUAAGCUUCACUUUCUUCUCUGCUUCUUUGGUUAUCCAUGGCACCGCUUCACCAAGCAGAAGGUCGAAUAACAAGCGCGCGUCAGGUGUUCGACGAAAUGCCUGAGAGAGAUAUCGUGGCGUGGAACACCAUGUUGACGAGUUAUUCUCGUCUGGGUUUACAUCAGGAAUCUAUAGCUCUGUUCACCCAGUUGAGAUUCUCCGACGUUAAGCCUGAUGAUUAUUCGUUUACAGCAAUCUUGAGCACUUGUGCUAGUCUAGGCAAUGUUAGAUUGGGAAGAAAGAUUCAGUCUCUUGUUAUCCGGUCUGGGUUUUGUGCUUCGUUACCGGUUAAUAAUUCGCUGAUUGACAUGUAUGGUAAGUGUUCUGAUACUCUUUGCGCAAACAAAGUGUUUCGAGAUAUGUGCUGUGGUAGUAGAAAUGAAGUAACUUGGUGCUCACUUUUGUUUGCCUACAUGAAUGCUCAACAGUUUGAGGUCGCCCUCAAUGUUUUUGUUGAAAUGCCGAAAAGGGUAUCAUUUGCUUGGAAUAUAAUGAUCUCAGGGCAUGCUCAAUGUGGAAAGAUUGAAUCUUGUUUACGGUUAUUCAAAGAGAUGCUGGAGAGUGAGUUCGAACCGGAUUGUUAUACGUUUAGUUCUCUGAUGAAUGCUUGUGCUGAUACAUCAAACGUUGUGUAUGGACGGAUGGUACAUGCUGUUAUGGUGAAGAAUGGAUGGGAUUCUGCGGUUGAGGCGAAAAAUUCUGUGUUAAGUUUCUACGCGAAACUAGGCUGCAAAGAGGAUGCCAUGAGGGAGCUGGAUUCUAUUGAAGUCCUGACUCAGGUAUCCUGGAAUUCUAUCAUUGACGCGUGUAUGAAAGUAGGAGAAACAGAUAAAGCUCUUGAGGUGUUUCGUUUGGCCCCUGAGAAAAAUAUUGUUACUUGGACUACGAUGAUUGCAGGAUAUGGUAGGAAUGGAGAUGGAGAGCAAGCACUGAGAUUUUUUGUCGAAAUGAUGAAAUCUGGGGUGGAUUCCGAUCAUUUUGCAUAUGGUGCAGUUCUUCACGCAUGUUCAGGUUUAGCCCUUUUAGGACAUGGAAAAAUGAUCCAUGGUUGUCUGAUCCAUUGUGGCUUUCAAGGUUAUGCUUAUGUUGGUAACGCCUUGGUUAAUUUGUAUGCCAAGUGUGGAGAUAUUAAGGAAUCAAACCGUGCGUUUGGUGAUAUAGCUAACAAGGAUUUGGUAUCUUGGAACACAAUGCUUUUUGCAUUUGGUGUCCACGGGUUAGCAGAUCAAGCUUUAGAGCUCUAUGACAACAUGAUAGCGUCAGGGAUUAAACCAGACAAUGUGACAUUCAUUGGAUUGCUGACAACUUGCAGCCAUUCAGGCCUUGUAGAGAAAGGUUGCGCGAUAUUCGAAUCCAUGGUUAAAGAUUUUGGAAUCCCAUUGGAAGUAGAUCAUGUAACAUGUAUGAUAGAUAUGUUUGGGAGAGGUGGACAUCUAGCAGAAGCAAAGGACUUGGCGACAACUUACAAUUCACUAGUCAUUAAUGCUAGUAACAAUAGUUCAUGGGAAGCUCUUUUGGGUGCUUGUUCUACACAUUGGCACACAGAAUUAGGCAGAGAAGUUAGCAAAGUUCUAAAGAUAGCAGAACCAAGUGAAGAGAUGAGUUUUGUUCUGUUAUCCAACUUGUACUGCUCGAGUGGGCGGUGGAAGGAAGCUGAAGAGGUGAGGAGAGAAAUGGUUGAGCGAGGAAUGAGGAAAACACCGGGAUGUAGCUGGAUAGAAGUAGAAAACCGGGUUUCAACUUUUGUAGUCGGUGGUUCUUCACACCCGCGCUUGGAGGAGCUUUCUGAAACUUUAAACUGCCUUCAACAUGAAAUGAGAAACCCAGAGACGUUUGGACCUUGAUCAUUUAGUGAUAUAGACAACGAAAAAUAUGAAGCAGAUACCCAAAAAACAACAGUCACUUUUGUAUAAUUUGUAUUGGUAAUAAGCAAAUGAAUUAGCCUUUUUUUC